AUGCCCAUAGACCUGGGUUACACAUGUGUCUGCAAGAGACACAACGCUGGUCGCCCCCAUGCUCUCUCUCGCUCUGCGUGGUACAAACACUUAAAAGCAGCUGAAAAAGAGGAAGAAAAGCAGGCUAUUCGCGCCGGGAAACUCUCUCUUGAUUUACAUGCGCAGCUUCAAGCUCACGUCGAUACCCACGGUGCAUCUUCUUCGAGUUCUGGUCCGUCUCAAAAUAUUGUUGCCAGUGGGGCAGAUAGUACAUCGAGCUGUCUGUCAAAAAGACCCAAUGACUCUGAUGCAGCCCAAACAAGUCAGAAGCGUGUACGCUUGGCUACCCCAUCAUCUUCGGAUGGAGGACAGAGUGGCCGUGACGAAGAAGAGCCCAGCGCACCUGCCGGAGACGACGAUUGGGAUUUCUACGCUGGACAGGGCGAUAGAGAUGAUGAUGGACAGGGCAGAGCACCUGUGGCUGACGAAGAAGGGCCCAGCGCACCUGCCGGAGACGACGAUUGGGAUUUCUACGCUGGACAGGGUGAUAGAGACAACACUGGACAGGGGCACCGUGAUUUCGAUGGCCAAGGUGAUGGUGAUUUCGACGGACAGGUUGACAGACAGGGUGAUGAGCAGGUUGAUGGCGAGAAUAACCUGCCAGAGCAUCGGGUAUCACCUGUCCCCCAACUUGACGAACCAAAUCGCAACAGCUGGGAGUUCAUUUUAGCACUGCGGUCUGCGUCAUUGGAUGAUGCUGUUGAGAAACUUGAUGAAGAGGCCAAAAAUAAUUUACAGGACCCUCCUCGUGCUCCUCCGAAUAUCAUUGAUCCUAUCAUUCGUCAUGCAAUCUCAACCUACUAUGCUCUCGAACACUCGUCGCAGAGUGCCUAUGAACACAUUCGUGCUUCUACGGCGCGACCAAGGAAGAAUGCACGGAACCUUUGCGCCUUUCGCUGGCUUAAACAGGUUAACACUGCUGGUUCCACCAACGAAUUCAAUGCCUAUUAUUCCAAGUUGAACGAGGCGCAGAUCCAGUCUUAUAAUACCGAGAUCAAUCAGCUAGAACGAGACGCAGGCUGGACGAAGAACGGCGACAUCGUCGACGGGACAAUGUAUUAA